AUGGCGGCUGACCAAACGGAUGCAAAUAAACAAAAUAGAAGGGGAACGUUAUGCAGAGUGAUCAUCAGCCAUGAGACCGACCCCCGCGGCCAGCCCGUCAUCUUCAACCCGGACUUCUUCGUGGAGAAGCUUCGUCACGAGAAGCCACAGGCCUUCACGGAGCUGGUGCUAAGCAACCUGACGCGGCUCAUCGAUCUCCCUGGGGCUGAGUUUGCACAGCUAAUGGGAGAUGAGGACCCCAAACUGCCCGGCACCGCUGGCUUCCUCCGCUCCUUCAACUUCCUCAAGCGCAAAGAUAAGGGAGUUGUCUUUGGAAUGCCCUUGACUGAAGAAGGAAUAGCUCAAAUAUAUCAGCUCAUUGAGUACCUGAGCAAAAACCUGCAUGUGGAGGGGCUGUUCCGCGUGCCGGGUAACAGCAUCCGACAGGAGGCCCUGAGGGAGAUGCUGGACAGCGGGGUGGACAUUGACCUGGAGACAGGGGACUACCACCCCAACGAUGUGGCCACGCUGCUGAAGGCCUUCCUGGGGGAGCUGCCCGAGCCCCUUCUGACCCACCGCCAUUACCAUGCCCACCUCAAAAUAGCAGACCUCACCCUGUUGGAUGAGAAGGGGAACAAGACGGCGACGCCAGACAAGGAGCGGCAGAUUGAGGCCCUGCAGCUGCUCCUCAUGCUGCUCCCUCCCGCCAACCGCAGCCUCCUGAAGCUGCUGCUGGACCUGCUCUACCAGACUGCAAAGCAGCAGGACAAGAACAAGAUGUCCGCCCACAACUUGGCCCUCAUGUUCACGCCUCACAUUCUGUGGCCAAAAAAAGUGGCUGCUAAUGACCUCCAGGAAACUUUACAGAAGCUCAACGUUGGCGUGGCCUUCAUGAUAAAGCACUCCCAGAAGCUCUUCUGGGCGCCGGCUUAUAUCAGGGAGCAUGCAAUGGCACAGUUCUCAGGCUCAAAGAUUCUCCAAUCAAAGGACGACCUUGACCUGUUGCCCAAAAGCGUUGCCCAGGGCCUGGCAGCACACAGGAAAAACUGUCAGGAUGGGGUUAUGGGCGACAGCCAGCGGCACACUGAGGAGGCCCUUCGAGAGCUCUUCCGCCAUGUCAGCAACAUGCCGGAGUCCGCCAAGAAGAAGAAGCUCAUCCAGCAGUUCACCAAGCAGUCAACACCAGGAACCCCUGUGAUCUGUGACUAUAAGACCGCUUUGAACAAGAAACACUCACACUCCCAAUCAUUUGGAGGGCUCAUCAAGAGAAAGGUUUUAGGGAAUCAGAUUGGUCUGGAGAAGAGAGGCAGGAACAUUUCCCCCCAGUUCACUGCCUGUCAAGCUGAAAAGCAGGGGAGGGAGAACAUCAGCCCGGAGACUGUGAGUACUUCCAGCCACUGA